AUGCGCACUACUUCUUUAUUCCUCACCUUAGCUUACGCUGCUUCUAUGGUCAUGGCUCGUCCUACCAUUCGUGCUGAACCUGUUGCUGAAGUCGCCGAAACCCAUACUUCUUACUCUUCUUGUAACAGACCUGGCGUCUUUGCAUUGACUUUCGAUGAUGGACCCGAUAAGUACUCUUGGGGAUUAGCCAAGACCUUGCACGAUCAAGGUAUCAAGGCCACUUUCUUCAUUAACGGUGCCAACUCUGUCAAUGUUCUCGAGGAAUCAACCACUACUGAAGAAGGUGAAAAGACCUAUUUAGAAGUCAUCAAGCAAUACUAUGACCAAGGUCACGAAAUUGCCAGUCAUACCUACGAACACAAGGAUCUUAAGGGCCUUACUGUUGAAGAAGUUGAAUACCAAAUGAAUACUCAAUCUGAUGUGAUCUUCAAGGCUAUUGGCAAGAGACCCGCUUUGAUGAGACCUCCUGAGGGUGUUACCGAUGAUGUUUCCGCCAAGGUCUUGAAGGAUCUCGGUUAUCACAACAUCUUAUGGGACAUUGAUACCAACGAUUGGAGACAUUUGGGUUUGUCUACUGAGCAAAAGAAUGUCAAGGAGGUUUUGGAUGAAGAUAUCGCUAACGUUACUAUGGGCCAUAUCUCUCUUGAACAUGAUAUCCAUGAAGACACUGUCAACACUCUUGUUCCUUGGCUCACAGAAUAUGUUAAAUCUAAGGGUUUAACUUUCGUUACUGUUUCCGAUUGUAUUGGUGUUGAGCCUUAUCAACCUGAUGCUUCCACUGGUGCUUCCAACACCACCACCACUCCCGCCACUGUAGAUGCUGCCCUUACUGCUGAUAUCAAUCUUAGUACCAUUGAUAUUGAUCUCACCAACCUUUAAAUUUCAUUGUA